CAGAGAGAGAAAGAGAGUCAGUAAACAUCAGGUCAACAGAGUGGAGAUACAACAGCGGCUCGAGAUCAGGACUUUGGACAGCGCAGCGGACAGAGACAAAAGCAGACAACUUUCUGUAGAACACAUGUGUAAAGCGAUGUUACAACGAUCCGGCCCCCAGCUGCUUUUCCUAAUAGCCCUGUGCAGUGUGUUGUAUUCCCGGACUCUGAGUCUGCCAUACACAUCCAUGAGACCGACGAGACACGCAGACGGUCUGUUCACCAGCGGAUACAGCAAACUCCUCGGACAGCUAUCAGCGCGGAGGUACCUGGAGUCUCUGAUCGGAAAGCGGGUCAGUGACGAGCUGAUGGAAGAGCCAGUGAAGCGCCACUCAGACGCCAUCUUUACAGACAACUACAGCCGCUUCCGCAAGCAGAUGGCCGUCAAGAAGUACCUGAACUCAGUCUUAACAGGAAAGAGAAGCCUAGAAGAUCCUGGAACCAGCGACCAGGAGGAGUCCAGGGACGAACCCAACACCUUCCAGGAGAGCUACGAUGACAUUAAUGUAGAUCACCUCCUAAACAACUUUCAUCUGCCCCUUUGAGGAGGGCGCCGUGCUCGAGUGAAUACCCAAAGUCAUCCUCAUGAAACCGGCCAUUCCAGAAACAACACAGUAUUAAUCCAAAGGACAUUCGAAGGUCAAAUCAGCCAAUGAUGAUAUGUUCUCCAACGUGGUUAUCUAUCUAUUCAUCCACACAGUACAUGUUUACACUGUAUAUAGUAUAUAUAUAUAUACACACCACUAUAUAGACUCAUUGGGCCGCACCGAGCAACAUGUGUGUCCACGGUUUGAUCAAUGAGUGUUUGAAAAAGGAAACUGGCGAGAGUAACACAGAAGUACCACAUUUACUUUCUUUACUAAGAUCACUGUUCCGUAAGCUUUCAAUGAAACCAUUCUCUCCAGAACGUUUUGAGUUAAAGCUUGUGACCCAUUGAAUGUCAAUAGAGCAGCAUUUACUUUGUACUGUAACUUUAGCUUAAAGUGACGCUUGUUCAGUUAACUUUGAAUGAAUUCUCGUGGAUUUCACUCUCAAAGGUUCUUUUAACUUUCAAUGGAGAGCGUGUCCAACUAAUCCUUAGUGGAACACUAACACUAUUGGCUCUCAGUAGAAUCUGAACUGCACUUUUAACCUGAACCGUGGCUCUUUUUUCUUUUAGUAAGAAAUUACUUUAUUAAUUAAUGGAGCAUUUGUCACAUUUUGUUUCAAGAUUAUUUUAUCGAUUCUUUUUAAUAGCACCCCGGCUCUAUUCCACUUUGAUUGGAAUAUGUCCCAUCAACUUUCAUUUGAUCUAUUGAACGUCAAUGGAAUAACAUAUUUGUUUUAAUUUAUCUAUUUUGUUUUCAGUUUAUCAACUAGCCCGUUAGCUUUCAGUGAAAAUCUGCCCAAUUAACUUUAAACACAACAUCCGUCUGAUUGAAUCUGAUUCGGCCCAUUUACCUUAAAUCGAACAAUAGUUGCAUGAAAAUUCAAUGAAACUCAAAACUCAAAAUGUAUUUUGUUUCAUUAGGAUGCUGACUUUCCAAAGAUGUAUUGUUCUAUUACACACGGGACAAUACAUGGGACAGGUAUGAGCAGAACACCUGUUGUAUUACAUUUAAAUUAACAGUUGGCUCAUUAACUUUCAAUGGUGUAAUCAAGUGUUCAGUGCUGACUGAGUUGUUUUAGAGAAUCCAAAUGUGGUCAUUUCAUGAUGUAAAAAUAGACACAGGACCAAGAGGAAGAGGAAUUUUGAAUGGACAAAGAUGCAUAUAAUCACUUUAUACUAUUCAACAUGUAGAGCAAAAACAUUUUAACUGAGCAUAGACCUGCCUUUAGCGCAUAUUGUGAUGUACACCACUCACCAAAUAAAAGAUAUUGUUUUAUUUUUCAAAGCUGAGUCUUUUUGUCUGGCUGAUUGUUUGACGAUGGGAGUUUUACAUUUAAAAAUGUAGAUUUAAGGUGCUGAAGGUUGAUAUUUUGUUCCUUUGACAGGUUUCCUUCUUGAAUGCCUCAAAAUAUUCUACAGAAUUGAAAAUGUCGUCCUUUUUUUGGGUGAAAAACUGCAUUUAAACUAUAAAGAGACACUAAAGCUCUACUCUGGAAUUUAUUUUAAAAAGAGAAUGCAAGUUCAAAUAUAAUACACACCCAUCCACUGCAAUGUAUAUUUAUUAGAAUUUUAUUCAUUCAUUUUUUAAUUGUACAUGAACAGUUAAAACAUUUACUAUUGAAAACAGGUUGUUACCAUUGACUUAAUGCGUCAUCAUGUGUUGCACCUUUAAAUGUUAUGUCAUGCUGUUUCCAAAUCAGAAACAAUGAAGAUUUAAGUAAACUGUUUUUGUGAUUGGCUCUUGGAAGGAAACGUAUCUACCAAGUAAAGCACUUUCCCAAUUCUA